GCUUCAUCUUGACGCUUCGGAGAGGAAGGAGGGCGCCGCCAUUUUGUCGGCAGGAGAGGAAACGGAGGCCUGGGCCCGGGGAAGCCUUUCUGGAUUUCCUCACGUCGUCGCCGGUUAUUUAUCGUCCCUUUCCGGCCUCGGGCCACUGCACCAUCACGGCGGAGAUGUCGGAGUACAUCCGGGUGACGGAAGACGAGAGUGAGGAGCCCAUCGAGAUCCCGUCUGAGGAUGAUGGGACGGUGCUUCUCUCCACCGUCACGGCUCAGUUUCCCGGGGCGUGUGGCUUGCGGUACAGGAACCCCGUGUCACAGUGUAUGAGAGGAGUCCGGUUGGUGGAAGGCAUUCUGCACGCCCCGGAUAAUGGCUGGGGAAAUCUCGUCUACGUUGUGAAUUAUCCCAAAGACAACAAGAGGAAAAUGGAUGAGACAGAUGCCUCCUCGGCUGUCAAAGUGAAACGAGCCGUGCAGAAAACCUCUGAUCUGAUUGUAUUGGGCCUUCCCUGGAAGACAACAGAACAGGAUUUGAAGGAAUAUUUCAGCACAUUUGGAGAGGUUCUCAUGGUGCAGGUAAAGAAAGACAUCAAAACUGGCCACUCAAAGGGCUUUGGUUUUGUAAGAUUCACAGACUAUGAAACCCAGGUGAAAGUCAUGUCUCAGCGCCACAUGAUAGACGGAAGAUGGUGUGACUGCAAACUCCCAAAUUCUAAGCAAAGUCCAGACGAACCUUUGCGUAGCAGGAAGGUGUUUGUUGGGCGAUGCACCGAUGACAUGACGGCAGACGAGCUCCGUCAGUUUUUUUCGCAGUAUGGAGAAGUGGUCGAUGUCUUCAUUCCCAAACCCUUCAGAGCUUUUGCCUUUGUGACAUUUGCUGAUGAUCAGGUUGCCCAGUCCCUUUGUGGCGAGGACUUGAUCAUAAAAGGAAUCAGCGUCCAUAUAUCCAAUGCUGAACCUAAGCAUAGUAACAGUAGACAACUAGAAAGAGGUGGAAGAUUUGGUGGUAAUCCAGGAGGCUUUGGGAAUCAGGGGGGAUUUCCUAAUCGGGGCGGAGGUGGAGGCGGAGGAGGGCUGGGAAACAACCAGGGGAGUAACAUGGGGGGCGGAAUGAACUUUGGGACGUUUAGCAUCAACCCCGCCAUGAUGGCGGCGGCUCAGGCAGCGCUCCAGAGCAGCUGGGGGAUGAUGGGCAUGCUAGCCAGCCAGCAAAACCAGUCUGGGCCUUCCGGGAACAACCAACCCCAAGGCAAUAUGCAGAGAGAGCAGAACCAGGGGUUCAGUUCAGGGAGCAAUUCCUAUGGGAGCUCCAACUCGGGCGCAGCGAUCGGGUGGGGCUCAUCAAACACAGGCUCUGGCAGCGGGUUUAAUGGCGGUUUUGGCUCAAGCAUGGAUUCCAAAUCGUCUGGCUGGGGCAUGUAAACAACGUAAUACUGAUUCUGUGGUGGGAAAUCAGAUUCCCGCCCUUCCCCUUAGAGCUCCUGGUAAGUAUAUAAUAACAUGCAUAUACUAAAAAAAGAAUAAAUAAACAAACAGACAGGAGUCGGGAGGGGGAUCCAAAUCAAUUUGUUCAGCGUGUAGUAUAUUUCGACAGUAUUUUUGACACUUUUUUUUCUUUUGUAAGGAAGAGGAAAGGAAAAAAAAGAGAAAAGAUUAAAUGGAAUUUUAUAGUUUUUUUCUUACCAUGAGUUAGGAAUAUGGGAGUGGUUUGGAAGUGAACUGUUUUGCCUGAUUUGGUAAACGACGCGCUGCAAUUUGGAUUAGGGAUUUGUAAAAAGAAAAAAGAGAAAAAUAUCUUAAAAUUCCUCAUUUUGCAUGUUUCGAAAAUGCAAGCCAUUUUUCAGAAACUGCAUCCUUUUUUUUUUUUUUUGGAAAAUUAAUUUGAUCCCCCCGCCAUAAGAAUUUUUCUCUCUCUCUCUUUCUCUCCCUCCCUGUUUUCCCCCCAAAAUGUCCCGUGCGGAGAAUGCAAUGUUGGUGUCGGCUUCUUUUCCUUUUAACACUGUCUUCCCCUCCUCAUACUAAAAAAAAGUACGGUAUGAAGACCUCAUUUAAAUCCUUGCCGCUCAUCUCAUUUCCAAAAACAAAACAUGUGUUUGGAAGAAGCACGUCAAAAAAAAAAUCAAAACACACUCAAAAAAACAAAAAGCCUGCCUUAGGAAAUACUCCAUGCUUUCCUCAUCCAAGACUCCUUCCAUCACGCUGCACAUUCUACUACGUCUUAAGACGGUGGGUGUUCCAUUUUUUAUCCGCUACUCUUUUUUUUUUAUUUCAUGGAGAGUCGUACUCAACGCUAUGAACGCAAGGCUUGUGAGAUGGAAACCGGAAAGGCUUGUCUGAACUUUUUGGAGACCUUUGUGUGGGCUUCGAUUGGUGUUGCCGAGGAAUGAGAGGGCUUGGUAUGUGCGAGAAAGAAAGAAAGAAAAAAAAAGGAAGGAGGCGCAUGCAGAGAGAGACUUGGUGGUGCAUUAUGGGAUAUAUAAUAUUUUUUUUGGUCCCCCCUUGGCACGAUGUCCCUCGAUCCCGUGGCUUUUUUGGUGAGAGAGUGUGCGGAGCGCAAUGGGAGCGGACGUACGAGUGUUUUUUUGUUUUUUCUCUUGGCGUUCAGACGGACAUCCCAAUCUGGAAGAACUUAAAGGGGGACGUAGUGGGAGGGGGUGUUUUUUUUACUUAGUUAACCAAUUAGUUGAAUGUGUUAAGUGACAAGAAUAUCUGUAAUACUUUUUUUUCCCUCCUUUAUGUCAACUCUGCUGUGAAUGCUGUAUGGUGUGUGUUCCUUUCUGUUCAAUGAUCCUGUAAGUGUGGUAACGUGACUUGACGGUGGGGCUUUUUGGACGGGGGCGUCUGGCUCGGCGGGGCGUUUUGCGGACCUUUUGUGGCAAAGCACUCUCCUGAGCUCAGAGGUUCCCUUUUGUGGGUGGAAGUUUCUCUGUCUGUAAGAUAUCCAUAUGAAUGCUGUUUGCUGCAGUUCUGUGUUUGGAUGCUUUUUAUAAGAUUUGUCAAUGUAGGAAAUUCUUAAAUAAAACCGAUUUAAGUAA